CGGUCUCAGGCCGAGGAUCGUCGGUCUCAGGCUGAGGAACGUCUGUCUCAAAAUGAAGAACGUCGGUCUCAGUCCGAGGAUCGUCGGUCUCAGGCUGAAGAACGUCGGUGUAAAGCCGAGGAACGUCGGUCUCAGGCUGAGGAACGUCGGUCUAAAGCUGAGGAACAUCAGUCUCAGGCUGAGGAACGUCGGUCUCAGGCUGAAGAACGUCGGUCUCAAAAUGAAGAACCUCGGUCUGAGGCUAAGGAACGUCUUUCUGAGGCUGAGGAACGUCUGUCUGAAGCUCAGGAACCCUGCUCUGGAAGCUGCUUGUCUGGUGUUGCUUAAACUUCAUUAAUCUGAAACUAAACACCAGCCAGGGUCAACAUCAGGCUCCAAGUCUGGUUCUCGAGGUUCUGCUCAAACUCUUGCAUAUUCACAGUAGCCCUCUGUGUUUCAGACACAGCUUCAGGUUUCAUUUGAACAGAUCCAAAUGGAUCAGAAUCUGUUGGUUAUUAUUGGUGGAGGUUCCCCAUGUAAAGAUAACAGAGGCCACACGGAUCCAAUGACACCUGGAGCUGAAGAGAACAUCAGAGUCAUUCAGCCUGGCUUUAAACAAUCGGAGCUGAGUGUGGUUCUCCCAUCAUCAUGUAGCCCCGCCCCCCAGUGACAUCACAGUCCUGUGGUCUUAUAGCAGCAGCAGCAGUCGGCUUGAGGGUCAGACAGGCAUCAUGUGGAGCCGAGGUCUCCUGCAGCAGGUUGUCCGACACGCGUCCAACAUCAGGCAGGCGGGUGUCCUCUUUGACGUUGAUGGCGUCCUCCUCCGGGGUGGAUCGGUGAUCCCGGCUGCUCCACGAGCUCUCAGGAAACUCGUGGACCGGAACAAUAAAUUCCUGUUUCCUGUUGUUUUCGUCACCAACGCAGGAAGCUGUCUGAGACACCACAAGGCACAGCAGCUGUCUCACCUGCUGGACCUGCAGAUAACACCUGAGCAGGUGGUUCUGUCGCAUAGUCCUCUGCAAAUGAUGAAGAGUUUCCACAAUAAAUGUGUGCUGGUCUCGGGACAGGGACCAGUGACCCAGAUUGCCCACAUUUUGGGUUUCCAGAAGAUAGUUACAAUCGAGCAGCUAUCAGAACAGCAUCCUCUGCUGGACAUGGUGGACCACAGCAGGAGACCUACAAGCACCCCCUGUUCUUCACAGAUGCUCCCCCAGAUACAAGCGAUCAUCCUGUUGGGGGAGCCAGUCAGAUGGGAGACAAACCUUCAGCUACUCAUUGAUGUGCUCCUAUCCAAUGGUAGACCUGGUUGUGUGUAUGGCACUCAGAUGUUGGCUCAGAUGCCUGUUCUGGCCUGUAACAUGGACUUGUUGUGGAUGGCUGAUGCCCCAUCACCACGGUUUGGUCACGGGAUAUUUCUGCUUUGUCUGGAGUCCGUCUACAAGAUGUUGACAGGUCGGGAUCUGGAGUAUGCGGCGGUGCUGGGAAAACCCAGUCUGCUUACAUACCAGUAUGCUGAGCAGCUGCUGCAUCAGCAGAACCAAAACCACAAGCUGUCUACAAUCUACGCUGUUGGAGACAACUUGAUGACGGACAUCUAUGGUGCCAACCUUUAUAACCGCUACCUGGCCAAGCAUCACACUAAAAUGAUGAGCGGCACCAAACUGGUUGCCCAGGGAACAGGAACCCAGACAAUGAUGGCGGAGGAAGAACUGGCGUUUGCUGCUCAGUGUCGCUCCAUCCUGGUGUGCACAGGUGUGUAUAACCCUGACUCUCCACUGCCUGGUGAUCAGAAUGUCUCAGACAUGAUGUUCCAUGGUUGCAAACACCGGAAACUGGACCCGGAUCUGCUGGAACCGAGCCAUGUGGUGGAGGACGUGGAGGCUGCUGUAGACUUGAUGCUGCAGCAGGAGAGUUCCAACACCUGACACAUCUGACUGACCACUGAUGGAUACCUGAUACAUCUGACUUACACCUAACGUGAUUUAGACGGGACACCUGGCUCACACCUGGCUCGCUGUCUCAUAGCUGCGGAGGAUGUCGCUGUUUUAAAUCAGUAAAGAUCUGCAGGUGGGACUCAGUCUGAUCUCAAACCGUGAAGCUGUACACCUUUGAUCUUCACAGGUUUUAAUGUGUUAAGCUUGAAAAUGUUGGUUGUUAGCAGGUAAAUCUGGGUCAAGCAUGAAGAGCUGUGUUGCUUCAUUUCUUUACGGUGACCGUCAGAAAACUAAAAUAAACGCUAAAAGCUAAA